GGGGGCUUACACGGACAUGGGAGGGGGACGCUGGGCAUCGAGGGCUCUGGAACCACGAAGGGCGAGCCAUGGCGUUGGGGCUGCAGCGCGUGAGGUCGAGCACCGAGCUGCGGAAGGAGAAGUCGCGGGAUGCGGCUCGCAGCCGGCGCAGCCAGGAGACGGAGGUGCUGUACCAGCUGGCGCACACUCUACCCUUUGCGCGCGGCGUCAGCGCGCACCUGGACAAGGCCUCCAUCAUGCGUCUCACAAUCAGCUACCUGCGCAUGCACCGCCUCUGCGCUGCAGGGGAGUGGAACCAGGUGGGAAAAGGGGGAGAACCACUGGACGCCUGCUACCUGAAGGCCCUGGAGGGUUUCGUCAUGGUACUCACCGCCGAGGGAGACAUGGCUUACCUGUCGGAGAAUGUCAGCAAGCACCUGGGCCUCAGUCAGUGGACCUCUGUUCCUCCUCCCUGAUACAUAACCCCACUCCUGGUACCAAUUUCUCUCUGGAGCUCAUCGGGCACAGUAUCUUUGAUUUUAUCCAUCCCUGUGACCAAGAGGAACUCCAAGAUGCCCUGACUCCCAGGCCAAGCCUGUCAAAAAAGAAGCUGGAAGCGCCAACAGAACGUCACUUUUCCCUGAGGAUGAAGAGCACACUCACCAGCAGGGGGCGCACGCUCAACCUCAAAGCGGCCACCUGGAAGGUGCUGCACUGCUCAGGACAUAUGAGGGCCUACAAGCCCCCUGCACAGACUUCCCCUGCCGGGAGCCCUCGCUCCGAGCCUCCCCUGCAAUGCCUGGUGCUUAUCUGUGAAGCCAUCCCCCACCCAGCCAGUCUGGAGCCCCCGCUGGGCCGAGGGGCCUUUCUCAGUCGCCACAGCCUGGACAUGAAGUUCACAUACUGCGACGAGAGGAUUGCAGAAGUCGCUGGUUAUAGCCCUGAUGACCUGAUUGGCUGUUCUGCCUAUGAAUACAUCCACGCUUUGGACUCUGAUGCGGUCAGCAGGAGCAUCCACACUUUGCUGAGCAAGGGCCAGGCAGUAACGGGGCAGUAUCGCUUCCUGGCCCGGACUGGAGGCUAUCUGUGGACUCAGACUCAGGCUACAGUGGUGUCAGGGGGGCGGGGCCCCCAGUCGGAAAGUAUCAUCUGCGUCCACUUCCUGAUCAGCCGUGUAGAAGAGACUGGAGUGGUGCUGUCCCUGGAACAAACAGAGCAACAUACUCGCAGACCCCCUCAGCUGGGUACCUCCUCGCAGAAGGGUAUUCCUGGCAACAGCCUAGACUCUCCUGCUCCUCGGAUCCUGGCCUUCCUGCACCCUCCGGCCCUGAGUGAGGCCUCCCUGGCUGCUGACCCUCGUCGUUUCUGUAGUCCAGACCUGCGCCGCCUCAUGGCACCCAUCCUGGAUGGACCUCCCACAGCUGCCACCCCCAGCACCCCACAAGCUGCACGGAGACCCCAAAGUCCUCUUCCGGCUGAUCUCCCAGAUCAGUUGGCGGUAGGCUUGGAAAAUGCACACAGACUCUCUUCUGCCCGGAAAAACAAGACCUUGGAGACAGAUCUAGAUACAGCUCAGGACCCUGACACUCUGGACUUGGAGAUGCUGGCCCCAUACAUCUCCAUGGAUGAUGACUUCCAGCUCAACUCCAACGAACAAUUGCCCAAAGUCCACCGCAGACCUGCCAGGGUGGCCCGCAGGCCCCGUGCUCGGAGCUUCCACGGCCUGUCGCCCCCCAUCCCUGAGCCCUCCCUGCUGCCCCGCUGGGGGAGUGAUCCAAGACUGAACUGUUCCAGCCCUUCCAGGGGGGAUCCCCCCACAGCCUCCCUGACGCCUAGAACUCGGAAGAGGGCCUUGGCCCAGAGCUCAGAGGACAAAGGGUUGGAGCUGCUGGAAACAAAGCCUCCCAAGAGGUCUCCAAGACUAGAACCUGGAAGCUUCCUGCUGCCUCCACUCAGCCUGAGUUUUCUUCUGCAAGGUCGACAACUCCCAGGGAACCAGCAGGACCCCAGAGCCCCACUCCUGAGUUCUCAUGAACCCUCAGGCCUAGCUCCCUCGCUGCUCUCUCUCUGCCAGCAUGAGGAAACUAUCCAGCCCAGGAACCACUUCCCAGCAGCAGCAGGCUUGGCCCAGACCCACUGAGUCAGCCUUCCUCUCAGGCCUCUUCUUCUACCCCAGAAAGGACUCAGCCACACUCCACACCAGCAGUCUACACCCAGGAUGGGGCCUCUCUCCUCUGAGUGUGCCCCCCCCAGCCAGCCACAGUCCUACCUCAGCCCCCCAACCUUCUGCCUUCUCCCAGUCGGAGGCUUCUUGGGUGUUCUCAGCUCAGUGACCUUUGGGAGGGGUGUGUGGCCCUCCCCACCUCCUCUCAGGACUUCCUUUGGGGUUCUCCAUAGUUCUCCAUACCUCACUACCCCUUUCUCUGACUCUCUUUGCUUUAUUUGGGAGAAUGAGGGGUUGGGAGAAUUGGGGAUCUGUCUCUAAUCCUGGCCCCAUGGAGCUUAGACAACUGUAAUCAUGUUUUGUUUUUUGUUUUUUGUUUUCCCCCAGUUCCUCUUCUAUCAGCUUUACUUUGUCCUUUUCACAAUAGGGCAUUCAAUCACUCUGCAUUGCACAGAUCCACAGCAAUUUCAGGACUCUGGCCUUCCCCCUCUUCCGUGGCAAAUGUGGGGAAACUCUGGGUGAGAUCUUACCUCAGGCAGCUUAUGGAAUCUCAACCUUACACACUGCCUCCAAGCUCUUCUUCCCUUUCUGCUCCUGACUUCAUGCUGGCCUCCAACCCUGCCUGAAUAAUGACUUCAUUUGUGAUCUUCCUGUGUUAGUGGGAGCCAGCGACUUCCUCCACACCACAGACCCAUAAUCUCUGGCCUUCUCUGGAUCUUGAAUACUUGACUCCUGCCUUGACUGUUUGUAGACUAUGUAACCGCUAGUCUUCCCUGAACCGAGGUUAUACCACUUUCUCUCUUCCUCGCAUCUAGACCAUGCAGCUCCUGGUCUUUGUUAGUUCUAGAUUGUAUGCCCUUGGGCCUUCUCUGUCUCUAGAGGUCUCUAGAAUCUAAGGCUCUCUGAAUCUAAAGCCUAAGACCACCAAGAAUCCUCUGGCUUCAAGACUUAUUCUGUAAUUUCCUCUUCUACUUUCUACUUCCUGGUUCUAAAACAUACAAUCCAUAGCUUUUCCCCGGAAAAGAAUGUGAAGCCUGUGAGCUUCAUUGGUUCUAGACUGUACCACCAGUGGUCUCCUCUACUUUGAGGCUCAUGACCUCUGGCCUUUCCUUGUUCUAGACACUGUGGCCUCUGGCCUCCAUGGUUCUAAACUGUGUUGUUCCUGCCUUCUUUGGUUCUAGACUGUUCAACCUCUGACCUUCUCUGGUUCUAGUCUGUACAUUCUCCAGUCUUUUACCCGACUCUAGACUGUAUGCUUUAUGACCUGGCUAUGGUUCUAGACCAUGCCACUUUUCUGGCCUUUUCUCUGAUUGUAGACCAUAGGCCCUCUGGUCUUCUGUGAUUCUAGAACAGUGGUUCUCAACCUUUCUAAUGCUGCAACCUUUUAAUACAGUUUGUAGUAUUCAUGUUAUAGUGACCACCAACUAUAAAAUUAUUUCAUUGCUACUUCAUAAAUGCAAUUUUGCCUCUGUUAUGAAUCGUAAUGUAAAUAUCUGAUAUGUAUGAUAUCUGAUGUAUGAUCCUCAAAGUGGUCACAGCCCACAAAUUGAGAACUGCUGUUCUAGACUGUAUGGCCUAUGAGCUUCUUUGAUUCUAAGUUAUGCUGCCUCUGAUCUUCAUUGGUUCCAAACUAUAUGACCACUAGCCUUCUCUGGCAUUCCCUGGUUCUAGACUGUGCUAUCAUUGACUCCCCACUGGUUCUACACUGUUCUAUCAUUGACUUCCCCCACUGGUUCUAGACAGCUUCAUUUCAAACAUGGUCUGCUACAGACCUCAAUGUCUUCAAACCCCUCUACUUCCACAUCUCAUAGUCUUUAGUUCUUCCUUGGGCUGGAUCUCACAACUCCCGAUCUAUUUUAAAGUGGGGUUUGAAUUACAUAAUCUGUAAGGCUCUCUGAAUCUAAAGCCUACACCAAGAAUCCUCUGGCUUCAAGACUUAUUCUGUAGUUUCCUCUGAUUCUAGGCCUCUUCUUUAAAAAUCCUCUGGUUCUCCGGCCCUCUGCUCCCUGUCAUUGCACACCCUUGGUGUGUAGUAGCGAGGAUUAAGCCCAAGUCCUUUCACAUGCUAGGCAAGCACUCUACCACUGAGCUCUAUCCCCAGUCCUUUUCUUAGGUCUUAUUUUGAGACAGGAUCUUUAUUGAUUGCACAGACUAAACUUAAACUCAAGUCUGUUCAGGUAAGCCCUGAACUCAUGAUCCUCCUGCCUCAGGCUCCCAAGUAGCUGGUUUUUAAGACUAAGCCCAGAUAAUCUUAUAAUUGAUGAUUUCCUCUUGUUUCUGGAUCCCCCAACUCCUUUUUUUGUUUUGUUUUGUUUUGUUUUGUUAUUUUUUUUCAAGACAGGGUUUCUCUGUGUAGCCUUGGCAGUCCUCCAACUCACUCUGUAGACCAGGCUGGCCUCCAACUCAGAAAUCCACCUGCCUCUGCCUCCCAAGUGCUGGGAUUAAAGGUGUGCGCCACCAACACCCAGCAGCUCUGAGUUUCUUACUAGCUCCAGUCUUCCUAGUCUGUAAGACAUUUAUUUGGUUUCAAAUCCAGACCUCAUUUCUGGAUCAUUUUGGUUCCAAACCUCAUGAUGUUAAGUUUAUUGUUCUUCAGGUCUCUGCACUCAAGAAUUCAAGAAUUGCUUUCCCCCAGUAAGGAGGGGGUAAAGUGAGUUUUAUGUCUUGAACUUAGAUCUGGCUCUUCUGGAGACACAUACCAUGUGCCCAUUCUCUUGGGUUCUGGAUUUCAUUACCUUCAACCAUUACCCAUGUUUUAGAUUAUGCAAACUCUAGACCUCAAAACUUCCAGGAUUCUCUGUUCUCAGACAACCUGGUGAUCUGCCUAUUACUGAGCUUCAAAUAUCAAGGUGGGCAGUGGUAGUGCAUGUCUUUCAUCUCAGCACUUAGGAGGCAGAAGCAGGCAAAUCUCUAAGUUUGAGGCCAGCUGAUCUAUAGAGCAAGUUCCAGGAUGCCAGGGCUACAGGGAGAAACCCUGUCUCAAAAUCAACAAAACAGAACAAAAUGAACAAACAAAUAACAAGUAUCUUUUGGAGUUUGUUACUAUUUUGAGGACUCAUUGACCCUAAAAAUGCUAUAUAGUCAAAUGACCUUAAGCCCAUGAUACCCCUUCACCCACCUCCCAAGUGCUGGGAUUACAGACAUGCCCAGUUUUAUGUGGUGUUGGGGACUGAAGCCAGAGUCUCAUGCGUGCUAGGCAAGUACUCUACCAACUGAGCUACACCCAGCAUCUAUAAAUGUCUUCUGCUUCUGGACCUUAUCCCAUGAGUUUUUGGUUCUAGACCCCACAAGUGCCAAGUCCUCUUUACUUCAGAUCUUAUGACUCAAAGUACCCUGAAUCUAGAACAUGACUUGAAAAUAUCAGCUGAUAUCUUGCCUUAUAUAUUUCUCUAGUUCUAAACCUUAGAACCCCAACUCCUGAUUCUAGAUUUUAAGAUUCUAAAAUCCCUGUGUAUUCUAGAACUUAUUUGGGGGGCUUUCCACCUCCCCAGGGAUGGGCUGGGUUUCAUGUAGUUCUGACUGACCUCCAACUCACUAUGGAGCCAGAAAUGACCUUGAACUUGUGACUCUCCACCCUCCACCUCUCAAACUGGGUGAUUGCACAUGUUCAGCAGAUUGCUCACUUUGUGUGGCGCCAGGGAUGAACUCUAGCUUUGUGCCUGACAAGCAAGCACUCUACCAGCUGAGACACAUCCCUGUCCUAAGCUUUGUCUAAUUCUGUCACUCUGAGUCCCUGGGGUUCUAGGCCUCAUAGUUUCCAAUUGCCUCUGGCUUCUGGUCCUACUUCCUCAGGCUCUAGAAUGCAGUCUUCAAACGUUCUUGUAGAAUUUAGAACUCACCAUGUAGAUUUCCUUGAUACAAGAUCUCGCACCCCUUGACUCCCUGAGUCCAAAUCUGAUCCUUCUAGCUCCAUCUGGGCUUCCAAGUCCUCCCCAAACUUGUCUCAGUUUUUAACCCUCAAGUCUUCUCCUCCCAGAUGCUCUGCUCAUGAAGUUCACACUCAAGCCCCUCCUGUCUCUAAAAUUCUCUACCCUAGAACCUCUUUCACAUCCUACCCCAAGCCUCCAGGCAUGCAUUUAACCUUAACUCUAUUCCAGGUACCUAGGGACCUGGGGCUCCUCCUCCUUCCUAGGGGCUCCAUAAUCCAGCCGCACACAGGCACACGCACAACCCUAUCUGCAUAUCUUGGGGUGGGGAAAGAGGGCAGGACCCCUCAGCUGUCUCCCACCAGCUAUGCAUCCUCCUAACUCCCAGCUCCCCUUCUACGAUGGUGCUACUCUGGGUCUUCCACAGGAAAAGGAUCCCAUCUCUACCUUAUUCACCCCUCUUUGGAAGGCACUACUCAGUUUGUCUUGUCAAGAGGUGGCCUGUUCAGGUGCUACAGGAGAAAGGGUCUAAAUCCUCUCUCCCCUCAUGGGUGUUGUGGGCCCUUAAUGGGAAAAACUGUCCUGGGCUAGGAGAAAGGGAAGGACAUAGCUCAGCCAUGCUUAGCUCAGAAACCCACAAAUGUCUCCAAAACUACCAUAAAGACCUCGCCUUGGUAGGCACCAGAGA